CGGAGAUGCGACCACUCAGUGAGGGCCAUGAACAGAAAAGAUAUGAUCAAAUCGAAGAACAGAGAGAUGAGAAAUGAGUCAGGAGAUGUUUCCCAUGACAUUCCUGCAAAGAGCAGAAUUAAACAAUUCAUUGAGCGCACUGUUCUGCCAUUGCUGCUGAUGCUCUUCACUCCGAACUUAGUGAUGAUCCUUUGGUACACAGCUGCCAAAUUCGAUGGAAGCAUUACUCAUUGUUUACAUCAUUUACUCAAAGACUCAUUGCUCACUGGACUCUUAAACAUUUGGACUGAAGUUUCAAUUGGAAGUUCUUUUGCACUAAUUAUCAUUUUUGCUUACAGUUUGUGGGCUAUUAUUACAAUGAAGAUUUUGCCAGGGAAUUUAGUGAAGGGAUCAAUCACACCAAAAGGCAAUGUACCCAUAUAUAUUGACAAUGGAUUUUUAUAUUUUUCACUCACAAUUGUUGUUCUUGUGUGUUCUGAAAUAAUACUCAACAAAUAUGAUAUUUCUGUGUCCAUAAUUUAUGACCGUUUCGGUGAUAUCUUAGGUACAUUGAAUCUAGUCAGUUUUGUUUUUUGUCUUCUAUUAUAUGUGAAAGGAUUAACGUUUCCUUCCUCAUCUGAUUCUGGUACUUCAGGAAAUGUAGUUUUUGAUUAUUAUUGGGGUACUGAAUUGUAUCCUAAAAUUUAUGGUAUUGACAUUAAGCAAUUCACUAACUGUCGAUUUGGAAUGAUGUCCUGGGCACUUAUAGUUGUAAUUUUUUCAAUUAAGAAUUAUCAGCUUAAUGGAUGGGUUGAUAGUAAUAUAGUAUCUACUGCACUUCAACUUUUAUACAUUACCAAAUUUUUUUGGUGGGAAGCAGGUUAUCUGAACACAAUUGAUAUCAUGUUAGACAGAGCAGGAUACUACAUCUGCUGGGGCUGUCUUGUUUUCGUUCCAGGGUUCUAUACAUCAGUGAGCAUGUAUUUAGUCAACCAUCCAGUACAUCUGGGAACUUUAGCAUCUAUUCUCAUUUUCAUUACAGGCACAGCAGCACUUCUUAUCAACUACUUUGCUGACAAGCAAAAACAAAAAGUACGUGCUACUAAUGGCAACUGCUUAGUAUGGGGUAAGAAGCCUGUUAUAAUUCGGGCAACAUAUACGUUAGAGACAGGAGAGGAAAAAAAAGGGAUUUUACUUGUUUCAGGUUGGUGGAGUUGGUCUCGACAUUUCCACUAUAUUCCAGAAAUUAUUUUGGCAUUCUGCUGGACAAUUCCUGCAUGUUUCUCAAGUAUUACGCCCUUUUUUUAUGUCAUACAUUUACUAAUUUUGCUGACACACAGAAGUUUUCGUGAUGAUGAUAAAUGUGGAAGGAAAUAUGGAGAAUUUUGGAAAGAAUACUGUCGUAAAGUACCUUAUCGCAUUAUUCCUUAUCUCUUUUAAAGCAGCCAAAUUAUUGGGUUUUCCUGAAAUCAGGCAAUGUUUUCUCUUAUUCAAACUAUGUGCUGAAUUAUUUAAUUUUUAUGCUGUUGGCAAAAUGAUUCAUAAUGAAAUAUAAUUCAUAUUGACUGAAAAGAAAAAUUUAAAUAAUAUUUUCAUUGUGAAUUUAUUAUGUGCAUUACUUAAUUUGGAAAUAAUAUUUCUUUUUAAUAAGCCGAAGUGCUUUGGUAAAAUAAUAUUAUAUUACUUUUUUUAAAAAUUAAAAUCUUAUUUGCAAUUGAAAUAUUGGUGUGUGUCCUCAUAGCCAGCUAUUUUGAUUAUGUCAACACAUUAAUCCGUCUCAAUAUAAUCAAACAUUGUCCUUCAUUUCUCACAAUCUCAGUAAUAUAACAAAUGAGUUUAUAAAAGAAGUAUUUUGCUAUCAAAUAUUCCAGUGAUUAUUAAUAUUAUUUGAGGAUAAGCAACUGUUUAUUUAAACUGUAACAAAUAAAAAAAGGGUAACUUGCAUUCAUUGCUAACUGGUAGCCUUCUA